AGCAGCCAUAUGGUGUACAGACCACCUCCUGCACCAGCACAGGUGGCCAGGAAGAGGCUGACACCAUUUCUUUUGGUUGCAGUGCUGACUUAGGCCAAUUUUGUUGUGUUGUUGGAAUUGUAGCUCUGUAUCCUUUACCUCUUUCCUGGCAGAGUUUUGAAGCUAUCAUCUUACAAAAAUACAAGAAGUAAAUUAUCUUCAGUUAGUACUCGGAAUACUUGAAGACUACACUCAUGCAAGCUUCAUGCCUUUGAAGGUCUCUAAAUUUACUGCAAAUGGAAAUAUAGCAUUAAGUAAUCAUGUCCACAAGUCAAAGAAGGAAUCUAGCAAGUUCAAAUUGAGGUAUAUUCUCAAGACAAGACACAGUGACUCAUUUGCUUUUCUGGAUAACAUAAUCCAUGGAUAAAGUGGGAAAGAUGUGGAACAAUUUCAAAUACAGGUGCCAGAAUCUCUUUAGUCAUGAGGGUGGAAGCCAAAAUGAGAGUAUAGUUGUGAACUCCAGUAAUUGCUCAUCUGAUAAAGACAAAGCCAUCCAGAUAACUGACUUGACUCAACAACCCAGCAGCCCUUUGAGAGAAAACAUUGCUUUGCAAUUAGGCUUAAGUCCUUCAAAGAAUUCAGCAAGGCGGAACCAAAACUGUGUCACAGAAAUUCCUCAGAUUGUUGAAAUAAGCAUUGAGAAAGAGAAUGACUCAUGUGUCACCACAGGGGCCAGGCUUGCUCGAAGGGACUCUUAUUCUCGGCAUGCUCCUUGGGGUGGGAAGAAGAAGCAUUCCUGCUCUACCAAAACACAGAGCUCCCUGGAUACUGAGAAAAGAUUUGGUAGAGCACGAAGUGGUUUGCAGAGGAGGGAGAGAAGGUAUGGGGUGAGCUCAGUCCAUGACAUGGAUGCAGUAUCCAGCAGGACAGUAGGUAGCCGUUCUCUGCGACAGCGUCUCCAAGAUACUGUUGGGCUGUGUUUUCCCAUGAGAACUUACAGCAAACAGACCAAGCCUCUGUUUUCUAACAAAAGAAAGAUCCAUCUCUCUGAACUAAUGCUUGAGAAAUGCCCUUUCCCUGCAGGCUCAGAUCUGGCCCAAAAGUGGCAUCUGAUUAAACAACACACAGCGCCUGUGAGCCCUCAUUCAACUUUCUUUGACACGUUUGAUCCUUCCUUGGUUUCCACAGAAGAUGAAGAAGACAGGCUCAGAGAGAGACGUAGACUUAGUAUUGAAGAAGGGGUUGAUCCCCCUCCCAAUGCCCAAAUACACACUUUCGAAGCUACAGCACAGGUAAAUCCAUUGUAUAAACUGGGACCAAAGUUAGCCCCUGGUAUGACUGAGCUGACUGGGGACAAAACCAUAACACCUCCAGGGAACUGUGACUCCGAAGAGGACACAACGACGCUUUGCCUGCAGUCGCGCCGACAGAAGCAGCGUCAGAUGUCAGGAGAGAACCACAGCCAUAUCAGCAGGCAGGGGGCUUGGAAAGUGCAUACUCAGAUCGAUUACAUCCACUGCCUCGUGCCAGACUUGCUCCAAAUCACAGGUAACCCAUGUUACUGGGGCGUCAUGGACCGCUACGAAGCAGAAGCACUUCUGGAGGGUAAACCCGAAGGCACUUUUUUGCUCAGGGAUUCUGCACAGGAGGACUACCUCUUCUCGGUGAGCUUCCGCCGCUACAAUCGCUCACUGCACGCACGCAUUGAGCAGUGGAACCACAACUUCAGCUUUGAUGCCCAUGACCCCUGUGUGUUCCACUCCUCCACUGUUACGGGGCUUCUGGAACACUACAAGGACCCCAGCUCUUGCAUGUUCUUUGAACCAUUGCUUACUGUAUCUCUGAAUAGGACCUUUCCCUUUAGUCUGCAGUAUAUCUGUCGGGCAGUAAUCUGCAGGUGCACUACGUAUGAUGGAAUUGAUGACCUUCCUCUACCCUCAAUGUUGCAAGACUUUCUAAAGGAGUAUCACUAUAAACAAAAAGUCAGGGUGCGAUGGCUGGAGCGGGAACCUAUAAAAACAAAGUAAAUGAAAAUCAAAAUAAGCUUCUGGAACAUGCUUUUUUUUGUGUAUUACAGUUUAACUGCAGCAAGUGCACCGACAACGUCUAGCUUUUCUGCAAUAUCUUAUUUAAGCUGAGUGUUAGUAUCCUGUCAGAUGCUGCCUGCUGUUAAUCAAACUAAGUUGUGAUGCCUCUUGGAAACAAUGAGCAGACAAUUCUGCACGUUUUUCAUUAAGGCCUAAUGAAAAUAUUUUUGCUAAUUUCUAAAUAUUUUGUUUCCCUUUUAUAGCUGUAGUAAUUGGAUGAAGAAACUAUGAGGCAUUUCCCAUGAGGCAUUCAUGUAAUGCUGUUAAAGAAAGGCUUUAUUGGAGGGGCAUUUUUGCUAAUAUUUGAAGUGUUUUUUUAAAAUUCUCUUCUUGAAAACUUUACUCAGAGCAAUAAUUUAGCUCACAAAAAAGUUUCCAGAUAUUAGUGAAUAUUUUCAUGUAAUGAAGAGCAGUUCAUUAGAAGCAGUCCAUUAAGAGUUAAUGGUGCUUUGAUGCUAACAGAUGAAUCGUGCUUUUCACAGUGUAUAAGGUUUCCUAAUCAUUAAGACUUGAAUAUGCCUGCUCAGUACUGUAAUUGUGUUACAAACACUUGGAGAUUUAAGUGGCAUUGUUAGCAAAAGUAAUACUGUCUCAGACAGUUAAAAAUACCUUCCAGUGUGAAUUGCUGCUUCUGUGACAGGACACAGAAUUAGAUUACUGCUGUGAAACACAAGGUUGUGGGUUUUUUCCAAAACAGACUUUUGGUGGCCUGACUGCUAGUAAGUUACAAUGGAAGGUAAUAGUGGCAAGAAAAAAAUGUUUAAUUAUUUAAAGUUGUCUGAUAUUUUUAUGGAGAACAUGACAAGUGGUUGAAUUAUUAUAAUCAGAGUAUAAUCUGACAUAUCUGAAACAAAUGUCAGGUUUCAAGGGUACUGGUACACUUUAUUUGUAAAUAUCUUUCCAUCUGCGCUUUUAAAAAUGUUUUAAAGUAAUAUGCACUGAUGAUAGUUUCAACAGAUUACUUAGAAACAAGAUUCUAACUUCUGUUUGCUUAUUUAAUUGGAGACGGAACUUAAAGGAGUUCUGUCUUAGAUAUUUUGCACUAAAAUUUUGUUGGAAUGCCCUGACCCCUGUUUAAUGUUUUUGUACCAAUUCCGAGUGCUCCCUAGUUUCUUUACCAGCUGCUACAGUAUUUUAUUUCUUACUUCUCUAUGGCAGUGACCUGUGCGAGGUAGGAAACAUUUUGGCUGCAAGUACAAUAAACGUUAUUCUUGUAUGCUACACUAACCUUUCUAUUGAUGUAUUUUUCUGCUUGCUGUGCCUUGUUCUGGCUUUUUGUGCUAAUAAAGUACAGUAUGUUCAGUGUUAUACUUGUAUAUCUGCUCUGUUUUUAUAUAUUCAUGUAACUUGUAGCAGUUAAAUGAAUUUUUAAUAGGCUUUUCUUAGCAUUUAGGAUAGGUAAUGCACAAGUACUGUGCAGCUGAAUACUAGUUGGUCAGCACACCAUAUUCCUGGUUUUUGUUACAGUAACUUGACAGUGUACACCACUGUAUAACGUUUCUGUAGUCACUGCAAGGUAAUGGACUUGUCUGCAGGCAUAGAGCAUUUUACAGGUUUUUGUAAUGCAAAGGAUAAAUGUUAAGCAAAAAGUGUUCUAAAACAUUAUUGAUCCCCUGUAAUGGUUGCUGAAGGUGUUUCAGCUUGUUAUAUAAGUAACUGCUAAGGUUGGUAUUUUGAUACUCCCCACUGAGGAAUGCUCAUUCCUUUAAAUUGACAGUACAGCAGUGGCAUUUGUUCACUUUUAGGCUAUUUUAAUAAAUACUUGUACACACAAGCUGGUCAAAUGUCCUGUUUUUACCAAAGAAUACUGUCAAUUUAUGUUGGGGUAUUUUUUUAGUUUAAAAAAACCACAAAAACUCAAGAGUGGAGAGGUGCAAUUUUUGUUCUAUCAAAUAUUUAUCCCAAGCUAUGAUAAACCAAAGUAUUUGACAACUUCAUCUGAACCUAAGUAAUAUAUACGUUUAUGUUGGCAGAGCCUAAAAGUUUUACAUCAAUGGUGUCGUCAUUAUUCCUGAACUCACAAUGCACCUGAAGAGGAAUGAUUUAAAUAAUUUUGUAAUGACUGGAACAGCACUACAUAAAAGCUUAUAUUAUGAGGGGUUAAUCUGAAGCACCAAGAAAGCACUUUAAAACAUGUGUUUAUAUGCUUGUGGAAAGUUUGUGAUCCCGUUAUGCAUUCUUUGUAGUAGAUUAUCUUCUUUCAUGUGUUAAAAGACUUCAAUUGUUAAAAUGGAACUUUGUUUAAAAUAUGUAAAUACUAAGUUUGUGUACAACUGUGCUAAUGGUCUCUUAAGUUUUGAAUUGUGUGUGUGUCAUUGGAUAUGCAAUUCUUGAUUUAAAAUCUGCUCUAAGCAUAAAAAGAGGAAAAAGUCACCAGCAUGAAAUUGCACCUAAGUGUACCUUCACUGUGUCGUUCUCACUGUUCCCUCAGUUGAAUCUGAAUGCCAGAUGAGUUUACUUAAAUUCUUGCUUUUAAUAUUACUGUCAUACAGUCAGCCUGCAACCAAGCAUUGUCCUGGUGUAGGGACCUGUUUUCAUUUACACCUGUUGCAGUUGCUUGUCAUGAAUUAGCUGUGACAUUGUCAAUGUGGUCAGGAAUACACAUUCAUCUGAUUUUUAAUCAUGUGAUGGAAUCUUUGGGGAAAAAAAAAAUAAAUAAAAACCCCAAACUCUUCUCUCAGAAAGUUUGCUCUUGCGUUUGUAUAAAUAAUCUUUAUGGAGAGAUCCGCUCCCCUAAAACACACAAAAAAGGAAUGGUCUAUUUCUCUACAACUUUUUUAAAGCUUUGCUUCACUGAAAUAUACAGAAUAAUUUGCUAGUGUGGUUAUGCUAGAAUGAAUUGCUUUUUAAAUUUUGGUGGACUUGAGUGUUGACUAUUCCAUUUGCAGUGUAUUUCUUAAUGAAUACAUUUUCAGUUCUAAAGGCAUUUUAAUGCUAGUAGCUGGAGAAUGCAAGUAGUUGAUUUAUCAUUUAUGUCUGUCAUUCUGGUUUCAUUUAGAAAAUCUUAAACGUGUCUUAAAGAGGUACACAAACCACAGCUUUAUCUUUUUUAAUUUAACAGUAGGAUUCAAUGUAAAAAGGUACACUUGUAUUAUUCCAGUCUAACCAAAUCAUGUAAUUUGGUUACAUGACAGAUGAGUUUUUGAGCCUCAGUCUUGUCAAGUUUUUUGAGGUGAUUCUUGUUUAUGCAGAAAGAGCUAUAGAAAGGACUUACCCCAUAGGAGGGUUUUGUGUAUAAAAGAUAUUUUAUAUCCCUGUGGAAUCUGAGAAAGGAAAAUACAGUAUAUUUUGAGUAUACAGGUGGGUCUAUGAGUUUAGGAUUUUUUAUCAGUUUUAUCAGGUCUAUGGUAUUUAUCAGUUUUAAUUGCAUAACUCUUGAAAAUACUUGUAAGGCAGGUAGACACUUGUAUAGGUAAUUUACUUGUCAGAAUGGAACUUCUGAAGAAAAUAAGUUAAAAAUUAAUGUUUUGCAUUUAUGUACUUAUAUGUGCAUUUGAAGACUUGCUGCUUACAAAAUGAUAGUCCUUAUCAGAAGCACAGAGUUGUGAAAAAAUGUGUCUAUCUGUAGUGUUUGACAAUGUGAAGUCAAGCCUUAUAGAUAUCACUCAAAUCCUUAAGUCCAUAUUUAACUUUAAGGUUCUGCACUAUUUAGAAACACGCAAAGAUUCUGAAUUUCUGUGAUAAAAAUCCUGUUUGCUCCAAUCUCCAUGUAUAAGCCAAAAUAUUUGCAAAAUGCCUUAAAGCUUUUCUCUGCUGCAGAAUUAAAUGUAAGACAGAAGUUAUCAUGGUCAGAAGUUGCUGAGUACCAGAGAGAUGUAUCUGCAGGCAUCACAGUUAUUUUUUUUUCCAAAAUUAUCGUGAAAGACUAUUUAAUGGAAAAAUAUGAACUGAAUCUUAGUUGAUUCUUUCUAAAAAAGCAUUUCUCCAUGCAAGACAUUUAAAACUCGUAUAUAAUAUUAUGAAAGUGCUUUUUGAGCCUCAUUUUGUGAAAGUUCUGUUUUGAAGUGAGCACGUAUGUGCCAAACCUUAAUCUGCCAGUAUCUGGCACAUGUAUAUUUAUAUGUUAAUAAGAUGCUUCAAAGCAUGUUUACAUUCAUGGUCUUUUUUGAAGGUACUGAAAUAUGGUGAACAUUAAUAUAUUGGAAUUCUAAAAAUCCUCUCUGUUUUCUCUCUGUGUAUGGCAUGGUUUGCAAUUAGAAGGACUAUUUUAUUUGGAUCUUCACCUGCACUUACAUAUUAUGUCCAGUUGAUUGGUAUGUUUUUUCCUGCUGUUGUCACACUUACGUAAACAGUUGUCUCUGGACUGUGACCAAAGGAGAUUUUUCCUACCUGUUAUUUUUAAAUAGAAAUCAAAUCAGUUGCUUUUAAAUUAUUAAUUCCUAUGGAGUGUGGUGUAACACUGCUAAUUGCUCUCCCUUUUUGCAGUAUUGAUGUACAGAGAAUCAUUUAGCUUGACCAUGAGUUGUAUCUCCUGAAUGUAGUUGACUGUAAAUGUCUGAAUUUUAAGUAUUUUUUUAACUGAAAAUCCUCCUGAUGAGGGCUUUGAAAAGAAAAAGGUUUGAUGUUUUUAUGUCAAGAUACAUAGAAUGAAUGUUUAGCAAUGAGAUGAGAAUCUCCUAAAGAUACUUUUUAGAAAUCUUUCCCUGUCACUGUCUUAAAUCAUGACUCUUUAAAAAAGAAAAAACAAAAUCCCAACAAUCUCUUGAUGACUUAAACCUUACAAUCAUUUAAAAACUGAAAAGAAAUCUGGUGCUUUUACUUAAUUUACUCACAUGUUGCCAGACUGAUUUAAGAAUAGUUGUUUCAAGAAGCAAAUUAAAUCUGUUAUUUCAAUGAAGCAUUGCCGUUUAUGAUUUUAUAAAAUAUUCCAUUAAAAAAAAUUGUCUACCAACAGGAUGUUAACCUGAUACUGUAUUUGUUGUUAUCAGGGUAACUAUUGUGUGUAUGCUUUUUGAGCUGAGUAAGUGUUCACUUUGUAAAUUUGCAUUAAGGCCACAGCUGUUACCAGCAAGGUUCCCUAGGGCCAAUGAAUUUAUGAGCUGAAGCUCCUGGUGCUUGACCCCUUUUUGUCUAGGAAAAGAAGUGUAUGACUGUGUGAUAACAGGCGGUGUUACAAAUUUCCAUGUUAAGCACACAGCUACGCUGACAAGCAGAAACUUAUCUGAACUUGCUUGUCUGGAGUAAAACAACCUCUCUGCCUUCUCAGCAGGAGCUGUAACUUGGUGGCACGUUUGCAGAGAGGAAUCAGAAAUAGGUUUUACUCUUCCCUGGGCAGAUGUUAAACUGAACAUGGGGCGUGUGCUUCCUUUGUGAUAGGGUAUCUGAACUCCUUAGAGCCCUGAGAAUUUUAAUAGUGUUUGGAAGAUGCAGAAGCACUUGGUUGCUUUGUCACUUCUUGCUUUUGUUGUAGUUUUGCAAAAGCUUGAAGAGAUAUAUUUAUUAAAAUUGAAUCUAUGUAGUUACCAACUGUAUAAGCACUACUUUGUAAUUUCUUUACAGAGAUAUCAAAUUCCUACACAAUUAUAUUUAAACUGUUUUGGGAAAAUGAAUAAUGACACUGUAGGCACAAAUUAAUUCAGAUUGCACUAUAAACUCUCUUACCAGAAGCCUUCAUUCUUUACAAAGAACUAUGCGAUCCCUACACAGAAACUGUAGCUUUGGUGGUGCGCUAUUUGAUAGAUGUCCAAAAAAGCGGCAUCCAGACGGUCCCUGGACCUUUUCUGACAUUCCAGUUGAAGGAGCCUGGCAGGCCUGCUGGGCACUCGAGGAGUUGGCUGGCAAGCACACCAUGCCAAGUGUCAUCUAAUGCCAGCACCUUGUGUAACUGCUGGUUUAGGUUGCCCCAGCUUAGAUGUUUUUUAACGCACUGCAGCUUAAAUGUUUCUCCACCCUGCCUAAUUUGUCUUCAUUAUAUGGUUGCCAAACUGUCUUGCAUCUUAAUGGAGUAAGAAAAUUCAUGUGAUUUAUGGCUAUCCAACCAGUGUAUUAAGUAAUAGAUGGCUCUGUCUUAAUAAACGGGGUAUAAACUGCCA